CUGAGCUACGAGCUGUACCUCGGGGGCUUCCCUGAUGUGACCAGUGUGGACUACUCGUCUGUAGUGGUGGCCGCCAUGAGGGUUCGCUAUGCCCACGUGCCCUCGCUGCGCUGGGAGACGAUGGAUGUACGGGCUCUGGGCUUUCCCAGUGGCUCCUUCAACGUGGUGCUGGAGAAGGGCGUGCUGGAUGCCUUGCUGGCUGGGGAGCGGGACCCCUGGACUGUGUCCCCUGAAGCUGCCCACACUGUGGACCAGGUGCUGAGUGAGAUGGUGGAGUACAAACGGGCCACGCUUCGGGAGGAAGAUGCGCCCGCGACCCCCAUAGAGGGAGGGGCCUCCCCGGACGCCUUGGAGGUGGGAUUCCGGAAAGGGACCAGACCCCUCUUGGGCUCACACACACAGCUGGAGCUGGUCCUGGCUGGUGUCUCUCUGUUGCUGGCUGCCCUGCUUUUGGGCUGCAUUGUGGCCCUGGGGGUCCAGUACCACAGAGACCCACCCCACAGCACGUGCCUCACAGAGGCCUGCGUCCGCGUGGCUGGGAAGAUCCUGGAGUCCUUGGACCGGGGAGUAAAUCCCUGUGAAGACUUUUACCAGUUCUCCUGUGGGGGCUGGAUUCAGAGGCACCCCCUACCGGAUGGGCGUUCUCGCUGGAAUGCCUUCAACAGCCUCUGGGACCAGAACCAGGCCAUACUGAAGCACCUGCUGGAAAACACCACCUUCAACUCUAGCAGUGAAGCUGAGCUGAAGACGCAGCGUUUCUACCUGUCCUGCCUGCAUGUGGAACGCAUCGAGGAGCUGGGAGCCCAGCCGCUCAGAGACCUCAUUAACAAGAUCGGUGGUUGGAACAUCACGGCGCCCUGGGACCAGGCCAGCUUCAUGGACGUGCUGAAGGUAGUGGCAGGGACCUACAGGGCCACCCCCUUCUUUACCGUCUACAUCAGCGCCGACUCCAAAAGUUCCAACAGCAACGUCAUCCAGGUGGACCAGUCUGGGCUCUUUCUGCCUUCCCGAGAUUACUACUUAAACAAGACCGCCAAUGAGAAAGUGCUCACGGCCUACCUGGACUACAUGGAGGAGCUGGGGCUGCUGCUGGGUGGACAGCCCACCUCCACGCGGGAGCAGAUGCAGCAGGUGCUGGAGCUAGAGACUCAGCUGGCCAACAUCACUGUGCCCCAGGACCAGCGGCGCGAUGAGGAGAAGAUCUAUCACAAGAUGAGCGUGGCUGAGCUGCAGGUCCUGGCGCCCUCCGUGGACUGGCUGGAGUUCCUGUCUUUCCUGCUGUCUCCCCUGGAGCUCAGUGACUUGGAGCCUGUGGUGGUGUAUGGGACGGGGUAUCUGCAGCAGGUGUCCGAGCUCAUCAACCGCACGGAGCCAAGUGUCCUGAACAAUUACCUGAUCUGGAACCUGGUGCAGAAGACAACCUCGAGCUUGGACCGGCGCUUUGAGUCUGCACAGGAGAAGCUGCUGGAGACCCUCUAUGGCACCAAGAAGUCCUGCCUGCCCAGGUGGCAGACCUGCAUCGCCAACACGGACGACGCCCUGGGCUUUGCGCUGGGCUCCCUCUUCGUCAAGGCCACCUUUGACCGGCAAAGCAAGGAAAUCGCCGAGGGAAUGAUCGGGGAGAUCCGGACGGCCUUUGAGGAGGCCCUGGGACAGCUGGUUUGGAUGGACGAGAAGACCCGCCGGGCAGCCAAGGAGAAAGCAGACGCCCUCUAUGACAUGAUUGGCUUCCCAGACUUCAUCCUGGAGCCCAAAGAGUUGGAUGAUAUUUAUGAUGGGUAUGAAGUCUCUGAAGAGUCCUUCUUCCAGAACAUGCUGAACUUGUACAACUUCUCUGCCAAAGUGAUGGCCGACCAGCUCCGCAAGCCUCCCAGCAGGGACCAGUGGAGCAUGACCCCCCAGACAGUGAAUGCAUACUACCUUCCCACCAAGAAUGAGAUCGUCUUCCCUGCUGGCAUCUUGCAGGCUCCCUUCUAUGCUCGGAACCACCUCAAGGCUCUGAACUUUGGGGGCAUCGGUGUGGUGAUGGGCCAUGAGCUGACACAUGCCUUUGAUGACCAGGGGCGCGAGUAUGACAAGGACGGGAACCUGCAGCCCUGGUGGCAGAAUGGGUCCCUGGCAGCCUUCCGGAACCACACGGCCUGCAUGCAGGAGCAGUACAGCCAGUACCAGGUCAACGGGGAGAGGCUCAACGGCCGGCAGACGCUGGGGGAGAACAUUGCUGACAACGGGGGGCUGAAGGCUGCCUACAACGCUUACAAAGCGUGGCUAAGGAAACACGGGGAGGAGCAGCAGCUGCCGGCCGUGGGGCUCACCAACCACCAACUCUUCUUUGUGGGAUUCGCCCAGGUGUGGUGCUCGGUCCGCACACCAGAGAGCUCUCACGAGGGGCUGGUGACCGACCCGCACAGCCCUGCUCGCUUCCGAGUGCUGGGCACGCUCUCCAAUUCCCGCGACUUCCUGCGGCACUUCGGCUGCCCUGUCGGCUCCCCCAUGAACCCAGGGCAGCUGUGUGAGGUGUGGUAGGCCUGGAAGGGGGAGAUGCCUGCCGGGCAUCUGUCCCCGGGUCUGGUGAGGUGGUUUGUUUGGGGACCAGGUGAAAGCAAACUCGGGUUGAGCCCCUCCAUGCCAUAGAUGUCACGAGCCCCAGCCCCUCCUCAGCCACGCCGUGCCUCUGCUCUGGGGGUGUCCCUGCCUCCAGCAGAGCCCCCACAUUCACUGUGACAUCCUUCUGUGUCACCUCACCUGGGUAUCUACAUGAAGGGGACUUGCAGCAGGUGGGGGGAGGGUAUCACGGGAGAGUGCCCACCUCUUCUGGUGCCAGGCUCUUCCACAGGAGUGCCCACCUCUUCUGUUACCUGGCUCAGCCUAGUGGUCGUGGGGCCUGCCCAGUCUGACCAGAGUCUGGGGAGGGUGGAAGGGGGUGCCUCCCAACCUUUUCCCCAAGAGGCAGCUUGCCCGGGGCUCACUUGCCAGUGGACUCAGCCACCUACAACUCCUCCACAGGCUGCCCCGUCCAUGCUCCCAUGCCGCUGCCACCGAGUCUGCUCACACCUGUCAGACUGCCCUCUGCCUCCCUGCUUCCCCGGCUGAGGGGCCGUGUGUAGUACCCAUAGGGUGUGUAGGUGCCUAUACCGUAGGGCACAAGUCUUAGUGGGUCUACUUCUCCCUGGGUCCAGAAAGGCUGCAGAUCUACAGGGAGUGGGAAGGGGAGAGUUUAUUUUUACAGGGAAGAGGGUGGGAAGGGGGUGGUCUUGGCCCUGUAGGACCCUGUGCCAAUAAAUAGACGCGCAUCCGUCAGCUUGUCUCUUC